GGAGGUAGGCUGCCCAGGCAUACGGUCCCCAGUUCCUCCCCGCCGUGCACCGCGCCCGGCACCCUCGCCGACAGACUCCUUCCUCCCCGCCGUGCACCGCGCCCGGCACCCUCGCCGUCAGACUCCUUCCUGUUCGCUGUCAUGGCCGUCAUCAUGGGGCUCCCGGUGUGGGCCGCCCUGGUAGGCCUCGCCACGUUGCUCAGCUACGUGUGGUUCCGGAUCGCCUUCAGGGAGCGCAUGGCGCUGAGCGCCAAGUUGCCCGGCCCCACGGCGUACCCGCUCAUCGGCAACCUGUACAUGAUCAAAGAGUCUACAGUAGAGCUUUUCAAAUACGCUGUCAACGCCGCAGGCACUUUCAAUGAAAUCGGAUUAGCAAAAAUAGAAUGGAUGCACAGAGUAGCGGUCGCGGUGUUUAACCCAGCCGACGUAGAGAUCAUUCUGGGCAGUUCAGUUCAUCUCGAGAAGGCCAAAGAAUAUCGCUUCUUCAAGCCCUGGCUUGGAGAGGGACUCCUCAUCAGUUCCGGGGACACGUGGCGCACCCACCGGAAGCUCAUCGCCCCCACCUUUCACCUGAACGUGCUCAAGCAGUUCGUCUACCUGUUCAACCGGAACAGCCGGGCGCUCUGCCGCAAGCUCGACGCUGUGGUCGGCCAGGUUGUGGACAUUCACGACUACAUGAGCGAGACCACAGUCGAAAUCCUGCUGGAGACGGCUAUGGGGGUAGAUCGAUCGACACAGAAUCGGGGAUACGACUACGCGAUGGCAGUGAUGAAGAUGUGCGAGAUUCUGCACGUACGGAUGUUCCGCCCCUGGCUGUGGCCGGACUGGCUGUUCAAUAUGGUUCCGAUGGGAAGAGAGCAGAAAUCACUGCUCCACACCAUUCACAGUCUCACUCGAGAGGUUUUAAAGAAACGAAAGGCAGAACGCAAGCAAGGAGUCCGGGAGGGCUUGUACAAGAGAGUUGUUACGGACAAGGACGACGUGGCCGACGGCGACGCGGAGGAGUCCACGUCAGAGACCUCAGUGAGCUCGUACGGAUACACGACAGGCCUUAGAGACGACCUCGACGACGACGUCGGCGAGAAGAAGCGCAUUGCCUUCUUGGACCAGAUGCUGGACGUGGCCGAGAACGGUGCAGUGCUCUCUGACCGAGAGGUUGAGGAGCAGGUCAACACUAUCAUGUUCGAGGGCCACGACACGACGGCGGCCGGAAGCAGCUUCUUCCUGUCGCUGAUGGGCGUGCACCAGGACAUCCAGGAGCGCUGCGUCGACGAGCUGCGCACGAUCUUCGGCGACUCGCAGCGGCCGGCCACCUUCCAGGACACGCUGGAGAUGAAGUACCUGGAGCGUUGCAUCAACGAGACGCUGCGCCUGUUCCCGCCGGUCCCCGUGAUCGCGAGGCACGCCACCGAGAACAUCCAGAUGAAGUCUGGCCACGUCAUCCCCGAGGGCACGACGAUCGUGAUCCCCCAGUAUUUGAUCCACCGCGACCCCACGCAGUACCCUAACCCGGAGGUGUUCGACCCGGACAACUUCCUGCCCGAGCGCUGCUCCGAGAGGCACUUCUACUCCUUCGUGCCGUUCAGCGCCGGCCCGAGGAGCUGCGUCGGUCGCAAGUACGCCAUGCUCAAGCUCAAGAUCCUGCUGUCCACGGUGCUCCGCAAGUUCCACGUGCGCGCCGACGUGCUCGAGAAGGACUUCCAGCUGACGGGGGACAUCAUCCUGAAGAGGAAGGAGGGCUUCCCAGUGCGGCUGUACCCGCGGAGCACGCACCAGGCCGCUGGCCAGAGCGGGGAUCGGUGAUACAUGAAGUAACAAGUAUUAUUCUAACGACGAUAUUCUAGCCAAUAAUAAUAAAAAUAUUAGUUUUUACCGUGA